AUGAAGACAUUCGUCGAUAAUGGUAACCGUACUCGUUGGGAUGAACUUUGUGAGAUUACGAAAAUUGUACUCGAAAUCGGCACUAUAUUCGACUCAAACGGUGUUGAUCUUUUCUUUCUCAACCGAUGUAGCUAUUUCCGAAUCAAAGAUCCCAGAGAAGUUGACCAAGCCUUCUCUAUUAGUCCUAGUGGCUACACGCCACUCGUUACUGCUUUACGAAGUGCGAUUGGAUUGCCAGCAGCUCGAUAUGGCAAUGAUAAAAAGCUACUGAUAUUCGUUGCCACUGACGGAGAACCAACUGACUAUGAAGGUACUCCAAAUCUAUCUGAGUUUGAGCAUGUUAUGGGUAAUGAGCGUAAUCCAGAGACUACUCAUGUGAUGUUUCUACUUUGUACUGAUGAACCAGAUUCCGUCGAACAUUUUACUCAAUGGGAUCAAACAAUGAAGAAUGUUGAUGUAACAGAUGAUUUUCCAACGGAAAGAGAAAAAAUACGCCGUUAUCGUGGACCGGCUUUCCGAUUUUCGCGUGGCGAUUAUGUUGUUAAAGCACUAAUUGGUGCUGUCGAUCCAGAAAUCGAUAAGCUAGAUGAACCCAUUCCAUUAAACAGUAACUAA